AUGCAUGGACCGUCGUUGACUGGAGCAUGGACUAGCAAAGGUGGGGCGGCGCGAAAGCUAUUCCCGGAUCGCCCAAGGACCGAAGAAUGGUAUGUUGCGGAUUCUGAUUCAGAAGACGUGGCGGAAGCUAUAAGGGAAGAUGGUUUGGAGGAAGAGAUCGAUGAUGAGGACGACCCAACGUGCCCACCAAUCCAUUUUACAACAGCUGAGAAGAGGAUGUACCAAAGACCAUGGCGAUCAGCCCUAGUAGUAAAACUUUUGGGACGAUCGACCUCAUAUACUGUGUUGUGGAAUCGACUGAACGUGUUGUGGGCCAAAACGGGCGGAAUCCAAGUGACGAAUGCCCGCAAUGGUUUCUAUUUGGUAAGAUUCACGAGUGGUAAUGACUUCGAACGAGCUCUAACGGGGGGACCAUGGAUGAUUGGUGAUCACUACCUAACUAUGCACCUAUGGGACAAAGACUUCGAUCCGUAUAGCACGCAGAUAUCGACGACGUUAGUCUGGGCACGUCUCCUGGAUCUGCCGAUAUACUACUUCCAUAAGGAGGUGGUUAUGAGAAUUGGGAGGAGAAUCGGGAAACCGUUAUGA